AUGAGUCCUGAACCCACAGUACUGGAAGUCGCUGGCGAGCUCCAGAUGGCGUCGAUUGAUAGAGACGCUUUCAAGAACGUGUCGGAUGUGCCAGUAGACGAAGAACAGUACGUGUUAGCACUGGAUCAAGGAACUACUUCGGCACGAGUGAUUGUUUUUUCCAGUGAAUCAGUCCCAGUGGCUUCACAUCAGGUCGAACUCAAUCAACAUUACCCCCACCCAGGAUGGGUCGAGCAUGAUCCUAUGGAGCUGAUCCGUGCUUGUAGAGAGUGUAUAGACAAGGUUGGCGACAAGCUCGAUGCCAAACGUAUCCCCAGAAAGAAUGUCAAGGCUCUAGGUAUCACCAAUCAGCGAGAAACUACUGUAUUAUGGGACAAACGCAAUGGUCAACCGGUGUAUAAUGCCAUUGUCUGGUCAGAUACAAGAACUGAAGGUACUGUUGUUAGACUCGAACAGAAACCUAAUGCUGAUAAAGUUCCUAAAAUCUGUGGAUUACAUAUCUCGACAUAUUUCGCAGCUGUCAAAGUAAGGUGGAUCCUGGAUAAUGUACCCAAAGCUCGUGAAGUGUAUGAGGAAGGAUGUCUCUGUUUCGGUACAGUCGACUCAUGGAUUCUAUAUAAUUUCACUAAUGGGGCUAGACAUAUCACAGAUGCCACUAAUGCCAGUCGAUCUAUGUUCAUGAAUAUUCAGACUCUAGAAUACGAUGCUGAACUUGUUGAUUUCUUCGACGUGCCAAAGUUGAACCUUCCUGACGUCGUAUCUAGUUCGGAGAUUUAUGGAUAUUUUUCGGACGACGACGCUGCAUUUCCUUCAUUGCCAAUUAGUGGCUGUUUGGGCGACCAGUCGUCGGCUUUAGUUGGUCAUCUGGGAUUCGAUAAAGGAGAUGCCAAGAACACUUAUGGAACAGGAUGUUUCUUGCUAUAUAACACCGGUAACGACCCUGUGACAUCAGAGAACGGGCUUCUGACGACGAUUGCAUUUCAACUCAAGGGUCAGAAACCCGUUUACGCACUUGAGGGCUCGAUUGCUGUUGCUGGAAGCAUUAUCAAGUGGUUCCGGAAUAACCUGGGUCUUAUUGAGACCAGUGAGCAGAUGAGCGACUUGGCUGGCCAGGUCAAGGACAGUGCUGGUGUUUACUUUGUCACUGCUUUCUCUGGUCUGUUUGCUCCUUACUGGAGACGCGAUGCAAGAGGAACUAUUGUCGGUCUUACUGCCUAUACCACCCGAGCCCAUAUUGCUCGUGCUGCUAUUGAGGCCACCUGUUUUCAAACGCGAGCUAUUCUUGAGAGCAUGUCUCGAGACUCGGGUGUACCAUUCCACAAGCUUCUGGUAGAUGGAGGAAUGUCCAGUUCAGCUGUUGCUAUGCAAAUCCAGUCGGAUAUCCUCGGUAUGGAGGUUGUACGACCUGGAAUGCGUGAACCCACCGCCCUUGGAGCUGCUAUUGUAGCGGGUCUCGCUACCGGGGUAUGGAACGACCUGGAUCAUGUCCGUAGUAAACUCCAGAAACGCCGAACCAUCACUAGCUUUACAGGAUCUCUGACCGAGAAGGAACGUGACGAGCAAUACCGCAUGUGGGGACGCGCCGUCGAGAAGGCCUGUGGCUGGGUGGAGUAG